UUACAUCCAUUCAUCCAUCGAGCAGCCACUUCACACCAGCAAGUGGCAGUAGUUCCAUCCAGAGGUUCAGGCAUGGCGGCUCCGAGAGCACUCGCCCUCUGCGUCCUGCUGGCCAUCGCCGUCGCCAAUGCGGAGGCGGCGUCCGUGGUCGUCGGCCUGGCCAAAUGCGCUGACUGCACCAGGAAGAACAUGAAGGCCGAGGAAGCCUUCAAGGCUCUGCAGGUGGGGAUCAAGUGCAAGAACAGCGCCGGCGAGUACGAGCGCAAGGCCGUGGGCGCCCUCGACGGCACCGGCGCCUUCAGAGUGCCCCUCGCUUCUGACCUUCAUGGCGCCGACUGCGUCGCUCAGCUCCACAGCGCCGCCUCCAACGCGCCGUGCCCCGGCCAGAAGCCGUCCACGAUCGUGCCGGUGUCUGACGGCACAACCUACGGCGUCGUCGCCGGCGAGAACACCGCCACGUCGUCCGCGGCGUCGCCCGAGUGCGCGUCCAUGACCCUGUGCGGGCCGAUCAAGAAGCACAUCAUCGAGCACUUCCACCACAAGAAGCCCGUGCCGCCCAAGCCGGAGCCCAAGCCCCAGCCUCACCCGGACUACGGCCCCGUGCCCAAGCCUGAGCCGAAGCCGCAGCCACACCCGGACUACCACCCCGUCCCUCCCACGCCCACCUACGGCGGCGGCGGCGGUGGAUACCACGGACACCACUGACUCAGAGUCUCAGAUCAGCCACCGUACGUCCAGCCCGGCACUGAAAUCUAUCACCGGCCGGUUCAUGGUCAGUGAGUGAUCGACGUCGUUGCUAUUUAUGAUGCGUUGCAUGCGUGGGAAUUGUUUGGUGCUCCGCCAUUCGCUGCUCCGUUUUACUAUCUGCAUUACAGAAUUGAGGGUUCAGAAUAACAGUCAUGUACUACGAAUGUAUCAGGCGAGUAUGAGGGGGUGGUUUGUGUGUUGCUUGCUUUAUCAAGAUUUUGUAAUUUCAGUGUGUAUUUUGUAUAACAAGUUAUUAUGAAUCAAGUAAUUUAAACAA